GAAGGCCGAGAGAAACACUACCCCUCCCAUGGUGCUGCAGGCUUCGCGCUUGCUGAUAAGACGUUAACAAAUUACCCACAAUGCACUGCGGCUCGUCUUUUCUCCCCGGCGUGGGGGUAGGAGGAGUCCGCGGCUGACCCCCGCCCGGGUCCCUAGGAACCGGAAGUUCCCGGCUGCCCUAGUAGCUGCCGGCUGGUGGGGCCGGCCCGGGGCCGCCAUGAGCAAGCGGAAGGCGCCGCAGGAGAGCCCCAAUGCGGGGAUCACAGACUUCCUGAGCGAACUGGCAAAUUAUGAGAAGAACGUGAACCGAGCCAUCCACAAGUACAAUGCGUACAGAAAAGCAGCUUCUGUAAUAUCCAAGUAUCCAAGCAAGAUAAAAAGUGGAGCUGAAGCAAAGAAGCUGGAAGGAGUAGGGGCUAAAAUAGCUGAGAAGAUUGAUGAGUUUUUAUCCACUGGAAAACUACGUAAGCUUGAAAAGAUUCGACAGGAUGAUACAAGCUCAUCUAUCAAUUUCCUGACCCGAGUUACUGGCAUAGGUCCUUCUGCAGCUAGGAAGUUUGUGGAUGAAGGGAUAAAGACAUUGGAAGAUCUAAAGAAAAAUGAACACAAGCUAAAUCAUCAUCAGCGAAUUGGGCUAAAAUAUUUUGAAGACUUUGAGAAAAGAAUCCCUAGAGAAGAGAUGUUACAGAUGCAGGAAAUUGUAUUGAAAGAGGUUAAGAAACUGGACCCCGAAUAUAUUGCUACAGUCUGUGGCAGUUUCAGGCGAGGUGCAGAAUCAAGUGGGGAUAUGGAUAUUCUCCUGACCCAUCCAAGUUUCACUUCUGAAUCAACCAAACAGCCAAAGCUUUUGCACCAAGUUGUAGAACAACUGAAAAAAAUCCACUUUGUCACAGACACAUUGUCAAAGGGUGAUACGAAAUUCAUGGGUGUAUGUCAGUUGCCAAGCGAAGAAGAUGGAACCAAUUAUCCAUACAGGAGAAUUGAUAUCAGGCUGAUCCCCAAGGAUCAGUAUUAUUGUGGGGUACUGUACUUCACAGGCAGUGACAUAUUCAAUAAGAACAUGAGAACUCAUGCCCUGGAAAUGGGCUUCACAAUCAACGAGUACACAAUCCGGCCCUUGGGAGUUACUGGAGUUGCUGGGGAGCCCCUCCCAGUAGAGAGUGAAAAGGAUAUCUUUGACUACAUACAGUGGAAGUAUCGAGAGCCAAAAGAACGGAGUGAAUAACUUGCAUUCAAAGGUUCACUAGCUAGUGCUCACUUAUUUUGUAGCUUUUAUGAAUAAUCAGCGGAGUCAAAACUAGGUGCAUAUUUAUUGCUUGAACAUUACUUCAGAAGGUGUGUAUUACUGACACUGUUUUUAAACAAUAGUUCCAUGGCACUAGAGUAAAAUGUGUUGUAAAAAUUAAAUCACCUAACAUUGCAA